GCCGCGGCUUCCGCAUCAUUGGAAGCAGCUCUGGUAGUUUUCGAUGGGUAGUUUUCUGGCACUUUGAGUGCCUCGAAUAUAAAGAGUCUGUGGAAGAAGUCGAAUAAUCUAAAAGGAACCCUGGUUAUAUCUGUAUUUUUCCUUGGGCUAGUAGCCAUUCCAGUAGUCCAGCACCCUUGUCAGACUGUCCGGAUCUAAAACAGAGAUGACAACCGAGAAGAGCGAGUACACUCCUGUGGAGGUGGGCACCUCUCAGCCCCCUCUUCCCGGUAAUCCUGCUUUUCCUGUCGCAUUUGGCAUGAACUCUCCGGGUCCGGAGAUGUACGGGGGGCCCACUGCACCCGGUUUUGUCCCUUUUCCUCCACCGACUUCUUUUGCGCCGGUUCCCCCUGGAGCUUUCGGCAUGCCAUCGAACCCCCAAGGAGGAAGUUUAGGAUAUGUCAACCCGGCUUGCCCACCUUAUUCCCCACCAGGCCCGGGCUUUGCUGACAGCUACGGUGAUAAUACUUACCACCACGAGGAGGCUCCACCACCCUUCCAUGACAAUCAAGACUUUGAUUUUGGAUUAGACAACAAAACUAUAAGACGAGCCUUUAUUAGAAAGGUAUUCCUGGUGUUAACUGCCCAGCUGAUGGUGACGUUCGCCUUUGUGGCUGUUUUCACCUUUGUGAAAGAAGUCAAGGCAUUUGUCUUGGUGAACACCUGGACCUACUUUGUGUCCUAUGUUGUAUUCUUUGUGUCGGUUUGUGUGAUCAGCUGCUGUGGAAGUGUUCGCCGAAGACACCCCUGGAACCUGGUUGCUUUGUCCAUCCUGACUCUCAGUAUGUCCUACAUGGUGGGAAUGAUCGCCAGCUUCCAUGAUACUGAGUCUGUGAUCAUGGCAGUGGGAAUCACAGCAUUUGUGUGCUUCACAGUGGUCAUCUUCUCUCUGCAGACCAAAUAUGACUUCACUUCCUGUUAUGGCGUGCUGUUUGUCUGUUUGAUUGUCCUGAUUGUCUUCGGCUUCCUCUGCAUCUUCAUCCAAAACAGGAUUCUUGAGAUCGUGUAUGCUGGACUGGGAGCAUUACUCUUUACUUGUUUCUUGGCAGUGGACACACAGCUGCUGCUUGGCAACAAGGAACUGGCUUUAAGUCCUGAAGAAUAUGUGUUUGCUGCCCUGAAUCUGUACACAGACAUCAUCAACAUCUUCCUCUACAUUCUCGCUAUCAUCGGAAGAGCAAGGGGUGGCUGAGCAGAGAGAGCAACACAUAGAGAUUCAAAUAGAAAUUUUUCUGUUCAUACUGAGUUUUCAUAAUCAUAAUCUUCGUAUUUGCUUUGUAGUGUGUAUUCAUUACACAGUUAAAGGAUGCUUUUGCUUUCCAGCAUAAAUGCAAUUUUUUAAUGGUAGUUUAAAGAAGCACUCUAAAGUUGCAGAUUUAUUGAUUUCUGAAGUUUUAUGUGUAUAAUCUGUUGUAUAAAAAUAUAUUUUGGUCUGUGAGGGUGUAUUUUAUGUCAUACUGAAUCAUGAGCAGCAUAAAAACCUGAAGAAGACGGACGAUCCCAACUGGAGUUGUACUUGCAAGUUUUUUCUAGAGCUUUUCGGUGUCACAUAUAAGCGCAAAUUUAAAAGGUCAGCAUAGGAAUGAAUGCACGUCUGUUAGCAGUCUUGAUUAGUGUCUGUUCUAACAGCAGGGCUUGUCUGUGAUGACUGUUUGAGUUUAUGUGACUAAAUUGGGGAAAGCUUGUAAACUGGACCUUUUUUUGGUUAAACCACUAUUUCCUGGGUUAAGAGUGAAGUUUGAAGCUUAACCAAAAUGCCAGCUUGAAUGAGAAGGGCUAAAAAUGCAGUGGAUGAAAUUAUAACAGCUCAGUCUCCAUGACAACUGACAAAUACAUCCACUGAUUAUGCUUAAAAGUGUUACUAAUAAGUGGUCCUUGUGUUGAAACUUGUUUUUCUCUCCUUGUUAAAGUAUAUUUCUACUGUCAAUUAACUUUGAUGAACUCAAGUUAUAAAAGACUUUUUUUAAACCUAAUGUCUGUCCUUUGUAUGGUUUAGAAGAAUUAAAAAAAUACAUUCCA